GGCAUGAACGCCAAGAAUUUCUGCACGUUUGAGCAAGGAAGAACCAUGAGCCUAGACUCCAUGCACAGACACAGGCGCAAACUUUGCUCAGCUACUACACGGCGCACACAGGUCGAUGGUGUCUGCUGGUGAUGGGAAUCACAGGCGCAGUCAGGAAGAAAACCUAGAUGAAGAGAAGCGCCUUGGUUUACUAUGACCAAUGCCCGCCGGUCUGGGCAAAGGGAAGAGGCUCGAAAAAGAUCCACAGAGGAUCAGCCCGCAGACAAGACGGCUCGCAGAGACACGGACAUGGCACCUUCCAGGGACUCGCCCAGUCCACCGAGAGGCGUGAGUACUAGUAGAUCGUCGACCAAUUCCAGCAUUCGAGGGGCCGGUGCAGCCACAGAUGAUCCGUCGCGUAAGGACUCAAGCGGCACGAUGACGGCCGACCAGAUGGGCAUUGAUCCCCUGCCGGACAACGUUGCGAGACCAAGCCGCGAGGAGAUCUUUUCUUUCCCCCAUUCAAAACGCGUGGGUAGCUAUAUCCUUGGAAAAACACUCGGUGAAGGUGCGUUCGCCAAGGUCAAGGAGGGUCGGCACAUCCUCACCGGUGAAAAGGUCGCCGUCAAAGUAAUCGACAAAAAGAAGGCGAGAGAAGAUUCGUACGUGGCCAAAAACAUGCGGCGAGAAGCGAAGCUCAUGAUGAUGGUGCUGCAUCCGAACAUCCUCAAGCUGCUGGAAGUCGUCGAGACGGAAAACAGCUACUACCUUGUCACCGAGAUGGCGGAGGGAGGCGAUUUGAUGGACAGGAUUUGCAAGAAGUCGUAUUUGCCAGAAGACGAGGUGCGCAUCUUCAUCAGGCAGAUAGUCUCUGCAGUGGACUACUUACAUCGAGCAAAUAUCGUACACAGAGACCUGAAGAUUGAGAACCUGUUGCUGGAUGCAAACUUGAACAUAAAGAUAAUUGACUUCGGCCUAAGCAACACUCUUGAGCCGACGCGGUCAAUGGCGACCCUGACCAAUGCUGAGAAGCACUGUCGUACACAAUGUGGAUCUCCGGCCUAUGCCGCACCAGAGCUGUUGGGUCACUCGUCGUAUGGGCCCAGUGUGGACGUAUGGAGCAUUGGAGUGAACAUGUACGCUAUGCUGACAGGCUCAUUGCCGUACACAGUUGAGCCGUUCAACAUCACCGAGCUGCAUGCAAAGAUGAUCAGCAAUCGCAUGAACCCACUGCCGGACCACAUCAAACCCAGUGCGGAGUGCCGGGACCUGCUGCUCAAGCUUCUCAACCCAAAUCCGGAGGAGCGCAUCUCGCUGUCCGAUGUUUUCCACCAUCCGUGGCUCAACCGCGACGGGGACGCAGGGUUUGUGCCGACUCCGCAUCCCAACUUUCCGACGGAAAGCGAACUGGACGACCGCAUCAUUCAGCACAUGGUGAAAACACUGAGCUGCUCAAUGCAUGACAUCAUCCGAGCAAUGACAUCGAAUCGCGCUGUGCAUGCCAGCGCAUGCUACAAGCUCCUGGCCAGGCGGCUGGAGCGACACGAGAUUGCACACCCACCGCGUAAGACGCCCGCACCAAGCACUGCUCAGAAGUCGGAGAGCCUGCCAGCCAAAGGCCACCGCAACCACUCAGUAGUACCCAGCAACCACCACACGGGACAUUCGCAAGCACAUCACCCCAACCAGCACGAACAAGCUAUGCCGGCUAAGGCAAAGCGCUAUGAGCGCCCAAUGGAGGCCGGCGCAUCCCAGCGCCACCGUUCGCUAAGUGAAGGGCAUCCCACGGAGAUACCUUCCACCACCGCCAGGCCAUCAGGGCGUGCCACCGCCGCCGCGGCACCAACACAACCCACACCUGUGGCUACAGCAGCGGCAGCGACACCACGCGUAAACGGCUUGGAUCAGCUGCGCACAUCGGACGUGGAAGCCAGCGACAGGUGCAUGCCGCUUCAAGACGCUGAACCACCGCCGCCGCCAACUGCUCGCCGAAGUUCUGGCCGCCGCUGGUCAGUCAGUGGUGCCGAGAAUGCUUUCCAUCGGGGCCCACAACCGGGCGGUAUGAAACACAGUGUGACGACAGGGCAACUCAAGCCACCCAAAAUUGGAUCAUCCAGAACAAAUCCGAGCAGCCCCGGAUCACCUGCUGGGAGAUUUCCGGAGCCACGCGGUGCACCGUAUUUGCCACAGGCGCUGGAGGAAAGUGUUCAGAACGCCUUUUCCAAGCCUCAGAAAACAGACCCUGCCUGGCUAAUGGCUGAUGCAGACAUUGCCGGCAUUGGGCCAUCGAUCCCGGCACGUCCAGAUCCUGAAACGAAUGAACUUCCAUGGCAGAACGGUCACAGGCAAGCACCUGGAAGCCACCGUGCCAAGUCUGGCCCGUCAUCUAAGCUCCAUCGUGCCAGUUCAUUCCGCGAUGAGCUGCUCGCUCCUCGGGACAGCAGUGCUGUUGCUGCUGAUCACCCGUCACGUCGGCCAGUGAAGCAAAACACACUCUUCUCACAAGCCAACGGCGACCAUGAUCUCAUCUCGGCCCCGAAGCAGUCAUCCGGCAACAACAGUCGCAGAAGCAGUGGUGAUUCAACAUCCACUACACUGCCUGCCAUACCACGCAGUAUCACAUCAGCCGGCAGAACGAGAAAGUCUCAUGCUGCAACAAACGGCAUUGCAGGAAUCAACAGCACAGGUCCAGGUCGACCACACACAACUGCAGUGAACGGACGAAGAGUUAGCGCUGGAAGCAAAAUAGUAACAACAGUCGAUGGACUGUCUGAUCUGCCACCAGAUGCCAUUAUGCAUGAAGUUAUCCGGGUGUUGCGUAACCUGCGCGUUGAUGACUGGAAACCGAGAGGUUUCGAGGCGAUCCACUGCAGCAUGCAUGAAACCGAGUUUGACAUCAGCGUAAUAGAAGACGGAGGCGUGUGCCGAUUGUCCUUUGAGCGUGUGGCAAGCUCUGGCACUCAGAUGCGCUUCCGCGAGGCAUGUGACCAGAUCAUUGGAGCACUGCGUGUGAGUGCAGUCAUCUGACACGGUGCGCAUCGCUAGUGGCCCUGAGCCGGAAAAGUCCUAGCCUGUAAGUCCUGCGGCUUAGCUGGACCAAUCAAGCUGUUGAAAACUAACAACACAUGCAGACCUUGAGAUUAUGGCGGUAGAUUUGUACAGUAAACGCUGCAUGUGCGUCAGCGUUGGUUCUUCGAAUACUCACUUCCCCAUUCUAUGCUAUACAUGUGAUUUUAAAUUAAUUAUUUUUAUGCAGAGCACUUGACAUGCCCACCAGUAACUGAUUGUCCGUGCAGUAUUUAUCUAGACCGAUCCAAUAAUCAAGCAGAUGGCUGACAGAGCACCAAGUCUCUUUACUAAGUUUGCAUGUCCGCUGUGUAAUCAUGAAGUGUCUUGUGUGGAUCAAGAGCAGCGGAGAACGCUACUGCAUCUAGCGUUUCUCACAUCUACCUAACGCUACCUAUCCACCCGUCCGUUUGUCUGUUUUCUCCUGUCUGGUCUUGUGCCGCUUCUGACUAUUCCGCAAUAUAAUAUUCCACCACAAGUCAAUCAGUAUUAAUUUUUUUAUACAUUAUGUCUUGAAAUGAUUUUUAAACUAUCACAGAAAAUGCCCUGGGUCGCUGCACAGAGGUCUGAA